UCUUAGCUUCAGAUAUUUUUUUCCCGGAGGAGAUGAGACAAUUUUCGGGUUUGUGGUUAGUGAUCGUGGCUGCUCUGCUGAUGGUGAAUACCGCCAGAGGCCAAAGUGCUACCACUUCAAGGAUCAAUGAUGGAAGAUAUCGACCUAGUAAUGAUGGGAGAUACAGAGGAGGAAAUGACGGAAGAUAUAUUCCUGAUGAUUCAGGAAGAUAUACUCACGUGGGAGAUGGUUCUAGAGGACUAUAUACAGGCGCGGGUGGGCAGUAUACAGGUACUGCAUCAAGAGGAGAUUUUGGUAGACCAUCUGGAGGAGUAGCUGCUAAUCGUUUCCGUGUAACUCCUGUUACAACUGAACCAUCACCCAGACCUGUGACAACCCCAGUCCUGAUAACAGCUCCCACGAGACCAUCAACUCCACCACCUCCCCCUCCUCCACCUCCCCCAUCACCAUCUCCGCCAGUGCAGAGGUUAUCAGUAGUAGCUAAUGAUGGAAGAUCAAAUGGUGGCUGGAAGACUAUUCGCCAAGAGAAUGAUGUCACUGCGGACGGUUACCACUAUUUAUAUGAAACGGAAAAUGGAAUCUUAGCAGAGGAAUCUGGUAGAGUAGAACGUGAAGAUGAGGGACUACGAUCUCAAGGAUUCUAUCAGUACACUGGAGAUGAUGGACAAGUUUAUCGAGUUGACUAUGUAGCCGAUAAUGCGGGCUUUGUUCCACGUGGAGACCAUAUCCCGAAGAUGCCCCCAGAAAUCGAGAAACUUCUUGCUUACCUGGCAGCCAACGCACCCGCUUUGCUAUCUACUUUCACUUGUAAAGUGUGUGAUUUUUUUUUAAAAAGAAAUUAUUCAAAACACGAUCUAAACGAAAUAAUGGAAUCGAGAAUACUUUUCGCUACAAUUCUCGUACUGGUUGUUGCAACCACAACAUCCCAGGGUGUCGAUGAUGGUAAAUACAGGCCGAGUCAGCAAGUGAAGAAAGGACAAUACGUUCACGUUGAAGAUGGAAAAUAUGUGGACAAUGCUGCUAAAUGGCGCUAUGUUCAUGUUCAUGAUCAACGCGAGAAAGGGAAGUACAUCCAUGUUCAUAUCCCAUAUGACGGUGGAUAUGGACCUUAUUCUCACAUCGAUAAUCCUUACAAGCACAUCGAUAAUCCCUACGUGCACGAUUACGAACCCCUUGGCGAAUACAGUCAACUUGAUCCCUUCGGAACGGAUUUCUAUUACAUAGACAGACCAGAUGUUUAUCAAGAAUAUGGAUUUCCUCACCAUGACCCCUUUACCACCAAUUCCAAUGAAAAAGACUCUAAAAUAUCCACAGGAAAUUUGAAGACAACAAUUGAUCCUGCUGCAACUGAAACAAUCUUGAUAACAUCCACAGAAAGUUCAUCAAAGGGCAAAUAUAACAAUCAACAGGAUAAACUUCUUCAAGCUUCAACUAGUUCUGGAGGUCAGAUUGAUCCUUUUGGAACAAACAUUGCUCUCUUCGUGGGCGUUGCCACAGCCCAGACUCUUCGUCCGUUCACUUUCAACCCUACUACCCUCCGUACAGUAAAUACCAAUAGAUACUUUGGAGCCCUCGAUGGACGUUAUGUUCACGACAAUAGCGGAAGAUACGUGAAAGAAGGACAGUACGUCCAUGAUGACAGUGGUAAAUACGUUCACGAUGCACGGCAGUAUGUUCAUGAUGAUCGUGAUGCUGGUAAAUACGUUCACCAAGACAAUCCCUACCGCCAUGUAUCUUUCAACGAUGGUCGAUAUGUGCAGGACAAAACUGUUUUGACACCGGUUAGACCCGUUGUUACAACCCCUGUUGUUGCUCCCCCCGCCUUCGUAACUCCCGAAGAAACAUACCGUCGUGUAUCCAACUACGGCCAAGGUGAGGGUGGUUGGAGGAUUAUCCAACAUGAGCGCACUGGUGAUGAUGAUGGUUACCACUACCUCUACGAGACUGAGAACAAGAUCCUUGCUGAGGAAUCUGGACGCGUUGAUAAUAAGUACACUGAUGCUGAAGCUCUUAGGGCCAACGGUUUCUACGAAUACGUCGGCGAUGAUGGUCUUAAGUACCGCGUGGACUAUGUUGCCGAUGAGGGUGGCUUCCAGCCUGUUGGUGCUCACCUACCAGUUGCCCCACCAGUACCAGAGCUCAUCCAGCGUGCCCUUAACUACGUGGCUAACCUCAGGAGGACAUAA